AUGGCUCUGUCUGCUUCUGCAAUCGGUUUUGAAGGUUUUGAAAAGAGGCUUGAAAUCUCUUUCUUCGAGCCGAGCAUCUUUGCUGAUCCUGAAGGGAAGGGAUUGCGUUCCCUUUCCAAAUCACAAUUGGACGAAAUCCUGGGCCCCGCCGAAUGUACCAUAGUUGCUUCACUGUCAAACAAACACUUGGACUCUUAUGUCCUCUCUGAGUCGAGCCUCUUUGUCUAUCCGUACAAGAUUAUCAUCAAAACCUGCGGGACAACAAAAUUGCUUCUUUCCAUCCCGCCCAUUCUGAAAUUGGCCGAUUCACUUUCUCUUUCGGUUCAAACCGUGAAAUACACACGCGGGAGCUUCAUCUUCCCUGGAGCACAGUCUUACCCCCAUCGUAACUUUUCUGAAGAAGUUUCUCUCCUCAACAUGUAUUUUGGUAAUCUAGGCACCAGCAAGGCCUACGUCAUGGGAAAUUCUGAUGAACGGCAGAAAUGGCACGUCUACUCGGCCUGUGCUGAGUCCGCCAGAGCAUCUGACCCUGUUUACACGCUUGAAAUGUGCAUGUCCGGUUUGGACAGGGACAAAGCCUCUGUUUUCUACAAACAAGAAUCUAGCUCGGCUCUUCUGAUGACUAAAAGCUCCGGCAUACGAAACAUCCUGCCAGAAUCUGAAAUCUGCGACUUUGAAUUUGAGCCGUGCGGUUAUUCCAUGAACUCCAUUGAGGGAGGGGCUAUUUCGACAAUUCAUGUCACUCCAGAAGACGGCUUCAGCUACGCGAGCUUUGAGGCGGCCGGUUAUAAUCUGAAGUGUGUUGGUCUUGGCCAGCUGGUCGAGAAGGUCUUGGCUUGCUUUGAGCCGAGUGAGUUUUCUGUGUCUGUGCAUGCCGAGUAUGGCGGCAAGUUGGGUGAUGAAGUUUGUGGGCUGCUGGAUGUAAAUGGCUAUGUUUCUUAUGAAAUGAGUCUCGAGGAGCUGGGAUCGGGUGGGUCGAUUGUCUACCAUAAGUUUGUGAGGAGUAAGGCGUUCUGUGGGUCGCCCAGGUCCAUUCUGAAGUGUUAUGGGGAUGAUGAUACUGAAGAAGAAGAAGAAAAGGAGUAG